AUGACUGAUUAUCCAUGGAUGUUCACCGAAGAAGCAAAGAUGAGAUACAUCAAUGAAGCAAUUAGAAAGGAACAAUUUAAUAAAGAACAACAGACAUUCGAAAUUGAAGUUGAUUUAAGAAAUGAGAAUAUUAUGAAAACAGUUCAAACUAUUUUUGAUCCAGACAAUUUUAAUUGGAAACUCAAACUCCCAUUAGUUGUAAGAGAUUGUUCAGGAGAGAUUGAUGCAGGAGGAUUACAAAGAGAAUUCUUUAGAAAUGUUGAGAUUGAUUCAAUAUCAAAAGAAACACCAAUCUUCAAAGAAUGUUUAAACAAAUAUUACUGGUUCAAUGAAGAUUUCAAUGAUUACAAAAUGAUUGAAGUCAUUGGAACAAUAUUUGGAUGCAUGAUUAUCAAUCAUUGGCCCCUGAGUUUUUCAUUUCCUCCACCAUUUUAUAAGAAACUUCUGAAUCCUGAAUAUGAAUUCACAUAUGAAGACUUAUCAUCUUUUAUUAAUCUUCCUUCUCACAAAGCUAAUCAAAUUUGUCACGAAGACUUUGAAGAAAACAGCACAUCAUCAGAGUAUGAAGACUCUGAUCAAAUUCCUCAAGAAUUCAUAAAUGAACCAGAACGAAAUAAUAUAUCAUCAAUAGAAUAUAGCUCAGAUAAUGAAGAUAAAACAGAAGAAUUUUCAGGAGAUAUUGAAAAUUAUUCUAUAAAUAAUGAAUAUAAUUCAUAUAAAGAAGAAGAAUUGAUCAAAAAAUUCAACACCCAUUUCGAAAGUUUUCUUAAAGGAUUCAAAACUAUGACCAAUAAUUUCAAAUUAGAAUGUUUGUAUCCAGAAGAGUUACAGCGAUUGAUAGAAGGCGAUUUUAUAGAUUUCGAUGAACUUGAAAAUUUGACUGAAUAUGAUCAAAUUAAUCGAGAAAGUCAUUGUGUUAAAUGUUUCUGGAAUGUUGUUCACAAUCGUCUUAGUUCAUCCGAUAAACGAGAUCUUCUUAUCUUCAUCACCGGAUCAUUUAAAGUUCCAAUUGGAGGUAUGAUUAACAUCAAGAUUUGUAAAUCAGAAGCAAGUCAUUGUUAUCCAUAUUCAAGAACAUGUUUUCGAGAAUUAUUCAUUCCAGACAUUUCAAACGAAGAUCUUAUGCAUGAUCACAUCCUAUAUUCUAUCAAACAGAAAUAA